CUCAAACGGCCGCGGCGAGUUCAAAUAAACCAAUGCUGAUUCUUAUCCAUAAGACAUGGUGUGGUGCAUGCAAGAACCUCAAAAAGACCGUUUCAACGUCCGAGCAAAUGGUCACGCUCGCGAAGGAGUACAUUAUGGUAAACUUGGAAGACGAUGAGGAGCCCAAGGACAAGCAAUUUCAACCCGAUGGUGGCUAUGUUCCACGAUUGUUCUUCGCUGACAGUGCCG